ACUAAUGUUACAAUUUGUAUAUGUGGAUACCAGGGGCGGACUGACAACUCAUGGGGCCCCCGGGCAAUAGAGGAUCAUGGGGCCCCUGUGUCCUUGCCCAAACUCAAAAAAGCCUAUAGAAAAGGUACCAGGGGCAUCUCAUGGGGCCCCCUACUGACCCCGGGCCCUCGGCAGUGCCCAAGUUUCCAAAUGGUCAGUCCGCCCCUGGGGCGUAUUUACCGCAAGGCAAACAAGGCACUUGCCUAG